CACCUUUUUAUUUCAACCCCCGAUGGCACAGAUUUACUUCCAUAAUCCUCUAGAUGAUCUUUUGUGCUGUAUCGCUUGGCAAUGCAUCUCCUUGAAACCUUUGUCAGAGGGAUGUGGACGUGUCCAAUGUAACCGCUUAUUACUACUCCCACACCCAGUAAACCUGCUUUAAUACCUGAAAGUCCAUGACAAUGUCUAACGGUGUGUAUUGAAACUGCAGGGUAAAUAUUCCAGAGUGUCAGGCAGUAUUGUUACCUAAGUGGGGUGAACCAUUUAAUCGCGCUACAGGUGUGUGCGUCCCCGCUUGGUCCAAAGAACCCACAGGGGGCUGCUCCGUGGGAACUGUGUCAGCGAGAGCAGCUCAGAGAGACCAAAUGUGACGAGGGCACAGCGUCGAAACCGGAAAAGGAGCCGUUCCCAUUAGCCUGUGUCAGUAUUUAGCGUGAAGCACCCCCGUCCUGUCCAGUGUGCGCCGGUGUCGUAGCGACCUAGCGCUGUCGUUAGUUGUGACCGCACCAGCAGCCGGUUAGCUCCUGCUAAAUUACCUUAGCAUCUAGCCUAGAUUAUCUGUCUUCAGCCUGCUUAGCCGGGUAGAGCAUCCGAAAUGAGGCUAAAAGUUGGAUUCAUUGUACGGAGUUUGCUCUUCAUUGGGACCUUUCUUGGGUUGUUGGUGUUCUGGUCUUCUCUGUCGCCGAAAAACAACGAUGAAAAUCCAUUUGGAAAACGGGAUAAUGGUGGGCUGCCCAAAGGAGACCUACCUGAUCAGUUUAAGCCUGUGGUGCCCUGGCCUCAUGUGGAAGGGGUGGAGGUGGACCUCAACUCCAUCAGACUAAAACAUGGGAGGGUCAACGAUCGCUAUCAUCCUGACCAACAGCAGAACCAAAAACAGGUGAUCCAGCAGCAAUAUGUGACAUUCAAGCCCCACUCACAAGGCCACACCAGCCCUGUCCUGAAGAAAGGUAUCCUGGGAAACUUUGAGCCCAAGGAACCCGAGCCUCCGGGGGUCCCCGGCGGUCCUGGAGAGGGAGCCAAGCCUUUUGUCCUGGGUCCAGAGUACAAAGAUGCCGUCCAGAGUUCAAUCAAAGAGUUUGGCUUCAACAUGGUUGCUAGUGACAUGAUCUCACUGGACAGAACCAUUAAUGAUAUACGCCAUGAAGAGUGUAAGUACUGGCACUAUGAUGAAAGACUGAUGACCUCCAGUGUGGUGAUAGUCUUCCACAAUGAAGGCUGGUCUACGCUGAUGAGAACAGUCCACAGUGUCAUCAAGAGGACUCCCAGGAGAUACCUGGCUGAGAUAGUCAUGAUAGAUGACUUCAGCAACAAAGAGCAUUUGAAGGAGCGCUUGGAGGAGUACAUCAAACAAUGGAAUGGUCUUGUCCAGCUCUUCAGAAAUGAGAAGAGAGAAGGACUGAUCCAGGCCAGGAGUAUUGGAGCGAACAAGGCCACUAAAGGACAGGUGCUGAUCUACCUGGAUGCUCAUUGCGAGGUUGGAAUCAACUGGUAUGCUCCACUUGUUGCUCCAAUUUCAAAAGACAGGACUGUGUGUACAGUGCCACUAAUAGACUAUAUAGAUGGUAAUGAGUACAGUAUGGAGCCUCAGCAAGGUGGAGACGAGGACGGCCUGGCUAGAGGAGCAUGGGAUUGGAGCCUGCUCUGGAAGAGAGUACCGCUUAGCCAGAGAGAGAAGGCCCAGAGAAAACAUACCACCCAGCCCUACCGAACGGUGUGUACCGUGCCUCUGAUCGACUCAGUCCACGGCCAGAGGUUCACCAUCGAGCCCCAGGGUGGAGGAGACGAGGACGGCUUCGCUAGAGGAGCAUGGGAUUGGAGCAUGCUCUGGAAGAGAGUUCCCCUGGGAGAAGCAGAAAAAAAACUCAGAAAAUCUAAGACUGAGCCAUAUAGGUCUCCAGCAAUGGCGGGUGGUCUCUUUGCUAUUGAGAGAGACUUCUUCUUUGAGCUCGGUCUGUAUGACCCAGGACUGCAGAUAUGGGGAGGAGAGAAUUUUGAAAUAUCAUACAAGAUCUGGCAGUGUGGUGGCCAGCUGCUCUUUGUACCCUGCUCUCGUAUUGGACAUAUCUACAGACUUCAGGGAUGGCAAGGCAACCCUCCACCGGCACAUGUUGGAUCAUCACCCACUCUAAAGAACUAUGUUCGUGUGGUGGAGACCUGGUGGGAUGAAUAUAAGGACUAUUUCUACGCCAGCCGUCCUGAAACUCUCACUCUGGCGUACGGAGACAUCAGUGAACUUAAACGCUUCAGGGAGGAACAUCGAUGCAAGAGCUUCAAGUGGUUCAUGGAGGAAAUAGCAUAUGACAUUCCACUGCACUACCCAUUACCUCCUAAAAAUGUAGAAUGGGGGGAGAUUCGAGGCUUUGAGACAAGUUACUGUAUUGACAGUAUGGGACACACCAAUGGGGGGAAUGUGGAAAUAGGACCAUGCCACAGGAUGGGGGGCAACCAGUUGUUCCGCAUCAAUGAAGCAGACCAGUUGAUGCAGUAUGACCAGUGCCUAACGAGAGGAGGGGAUAACUCUGCUGUUAUCAUCACACACUGUGACCAGAAGCAGCACAAUGAGUGGAAGUACUUCAAGGACCUCCAUCGGUUCACUCAUGUAACAACAGGGAAAUGUCUGGAUCGCUCCGACCUGCUGCACAAAGUCUUCACAUCAGACUGUGACACCAGUAAAACCACGCAGAAAUGGGAGAUGAACAACAUAGUAGCUGUCUGAUAGUCAACAUCCCGCACAAAGAAAACCACCUGCAGCAUGGCGGGAAAUCUGGUGACCGUACAAUACACACACACACACACCAAGAAAUACAACCAUAGGUUUACACUUAUAUCACACGAUACUGUCCUUUCAAAGAAACUAUGUUUUUGAUUCUUACCACUCGGUGUCACCUCCAACAUUAACUGAUACUGAGUAUUGACUAUGCAACAGCUUGAAUCCCAAACUGUUGGUUGGUACCAUUGGCCAACAUGGUCAUGCAUUAUACAGACACAUGGACACUCCAGGUGGCAGCAGAAGGGCUGGUUGCUUUGGAGUCUGAGGCUCUGGGUCCUCACAAUGACUUGUUGGACUAAAACUGAACUGAAAACCGUUUGGGCUGUGUCUCCUUCCUUCAAAGCGUUUCUGUUUACCCUGUUUAUCUCUUAUCUGCUCUUUUGGGCUCUCUGGUCUUUUAAAAAGACACUCCAUUAAUUUAUGAAAUCAAUAAUCAAUUCCGACUUUGGAACCAUCAUGUAGUUAUUCAACUUUUUAAUCAAACUGAUCAGUUCACCAACUGAAGAGUCCUUUUUAUUGGUGGAGGAUGUGUUUACACUGGCUGGCAUAAUGUUUGCUUUGGUCUGCAAGUCAGGUUAAGAUUGCUUUUAGGCUUUAAAGGCACUUUAAAUAUGGUUGUUCUAUCAAGGUCGAUGGUAAAUGUAGUGUAUUGAAGCUAUACGUUCUUCAGUGAAUGCCGUAUUGAUCAAGAAUCCUUCCCUCCCCCUGCUGGUCUCGGUUAUCACUUCCAUUUUAUCUUCAGAAUGCCGAGGUUCUCCUCUGUAAACCUCUCGUGCAUAGUAGUGUACACAGAUUCUUGCUUGGUGUCUGCGACAACAUCCAACCCACUGAAUAAUUCAGUUUCAGCUUAUCCUUGCAUCUUUUUGGCAAAAUAUGCAGUUUUAAAAUUAAAAAAGGUCAUCCACAUGAUUGGUGCAGAUCCAAAGACUUUUUAUUUGGGGGGAGGGGCGGGGGGGGGGGGGGUAGUGUCAACUAGCCCUCCAGAGUUAAUGAGAUUGCAGAGACAAGGAAAAAAAGUGAUGUUGUGAUCUUCGCAAUAAAACGUUUUUGAUGUGACGUGAGGAGCCAGACUCUCGUUGUCACUUUUUUCACCCCUGUGGGUUUUCAGGUAUGCAGCUAUGUCAUCCCCACUUUUGGGACAGAGAAUGACUCAUGUGUACAGAUUGUAAAGCCAGAACAGAUUUUGCAGCUGUGAAUAGAACAUUCAGUUCAGAACUGUCAGUAUAGCAGAAUAGGAAUAUAUGGCUUAGGAAUCUACAAUAUUUACCAUGCGGUUUCCGCAUUGUGAGGUCCGCUCCUGUUGUUCAUUGCCUGAAUAUGCUUUCAAAUGCACAAUAGCAUGACCACAAAUAACUGUUAUUUUCUAUUCCAUUGGUUCUUCUUUAGUUCUAUUAUUAUCUCUAUCUGCUCAAAUUUAGUUUUACCAACUUCCACAGACACAAAAAUACUGUCGAGAAACUUGGAAAUAUCAAGGAGAGCAUAUUUUUACUGCCUGAGGACUUAUGAACUGCCUGCCUUACUGACUGUAUUAAUGAGUAAUUACAGUAGCUGACUGACUGUGAGAAACUCACGGUUGGAAAUUAAAAAAGUAUAUACCGGGUUGUUGGGUGGGGAACGCUACCAGUGCAAAAUGCAUUUAUGUUAGGGAAAACAACAAAUAAAGAAGAUUUGAUGGGAUUUUUUUUUGUUUUGCAAGGGAAAGCGGGUUUGUUGAGUGGAUGAAAAUGUAUGCAAUGUUUUGUACAAUGUAAAUAAAUUCCUUUGUAAAGAUGAUCAUAAUUUCUAAGGGCCUUGAAUGACGUUGUAAAUAUCUAACUUAUAGCAGAAAUGUAAUAUGUGAACUAUGGAUGAUUAAGCAAAUAAAAUACCUGAUUUUUA